AUGGAUUUCGUCAAGAACCUCACAGGCGGCAACAAGGACGGCGAGCAGCAGCAGACUCAGCAGCAGGGGGAGCAGAAGUCGGAGGGUGGCUUCAUGAGCAAGCUCAACAACAUGGCCGGCGGCGGUGCGACAGGUGAAAAGAAGGAGGACGGCCUCGACAAGGGUGUCGACUGGGUCCAAGAGAACGUGCUCGGCCAGGGCAAGCAGGACAACGAGUCGGCAGUAGAGCAAGCUAAGGAUGAGCAGAUUUCAGACUUCAUCCGUGGCCAGUACAAAACCACGACCGGAAAGGACUUCCCCGUUGCCGACAAGUAA